AUGUCGGCCCCGAGCCAACCUAACGACGGCCUCGAAGGCUUGUUCGACUUCUCAGACUACGAUAAUAAUGCCGUCUUCGCCAGGCCGAUGGGCCAGGUCCAAGCCCAGCCUAUGCCUUCGGCAUCGCAGCCCUUGACGCGCCCGAGCCACCAGUAUGAGCUCUACAAGCAACAGACCGGUAUCGUCCCCGGUGCCCUCGCCAGCACCCUUGCCAUCAACCAGAGCAGCCAGGUUGCGGGCUACAACGGCGUUGGCCUCGAAUAUCUCGGCCUGAGCCCCAACGAGGAGAUCUUCGACUUCAACACGGCCCCUUCCCAGGGUUCCAUUGGUGCUUCUGAGAUCGACAUGGAGUUCGACUCCGCGACGACGGAUCAGUUCUUUUUCGAGAACACCGUCAACCCCAGCGCUCUCGGCGACCAGGCGUCUCCUAACGGAGUACCUAACUCGAUGAUGACGCCCGGUCGUCUCUGGCCCGGUAUGCACUCUCAGGCUGCGAAUGCCAAGGCACAGGCUCAGCGUCAACAACAAGUGCAGAGGCAAGGGUCUGUCCAGCCCAAGGCUAGGGCCAAGAGCGGCCAACCCACCGAUCCCAUCGUCGAGCAGAAGAUUACCCAGCUCCUCAACUCGAUGCGAGCCAAGCCUGCCAAUGGAGACGGCUCGCAGUCGAUGCCCAUGCUCAACAUGCCCAAGCUCAGGAAAGACGAGGAUGAUAUGGACGAGGACGAAAGGCUCUUGGCCAGCGAGGAGGGCAAGAAGCUCAGCAGCAAGGAACGCAGACAGCUUCGGAACAAGGUCUCCGCUCGCGCCUUCCGAUCGAGACGCAAGGAAUACAUCUCCCAGCUUGAAAGCGAAAUUGCCACCAAGGUUUCCGAGAAUGGCGAUCUCCAUGUCCAGAACCGGGCCCUCGCAGAAGAGAACAAGCGUCUUACCGACCUUACCCACAUGCUCCUAUCCUCGCCAUCCUUCUCGGAUUUCCUCGAUCAACUCAGCACCAACCCCGCGAACCUUGCCCAGGCCGCUACUCAAAUGCAGGCGCAGCCCGUCCAGCAGCAGCAGCAGCAACACCAGCAGCAGCAGCAGGAGCGUCGUCAGGCCCCCAAGGAUCCCAACCCUUUCGCCCAGCUCCACCAGCAGCAGCGCAUCGGCUUGACGAUGAUUCCCGAGCAGUCCAUGGACAUGUCCAUGCUUAGGCUCGAGAAUGACGGCAGCUUCAACUACCAACCCAGGGUCUUUGCUCUUCUCGAAACUCCCGAGAUGCCCGCUUCCUUUGAUGCCGGCAUCCUCUCCGGGAAGAAGUCCAACUUUGUUGGCGAGCAGUUUGAUUCCGAGGACAAGGUCCAGGCCCCGGUCAUCGACCGCCCGGUCCUAGAGAAGUCGAUGGAACCGGCCGCUCCUGAGAUGCCUCCCGUCGACCCCGAGUUUGAGUCCAACCCCGACUUCGCUCUUUACCACGCAGCUCCCGCCACCGAAGUCUCGGUCGAGACCGAAGCUGAGGACUCGUGGCGUGUCAACAUCUUUGGCGGACUUGAGCCCGAGAAGGUGCUUGCCCGUUACGAGCUGCUUGAUGCUUCGCAGGAGGAGCAGAACGCGAUUGUUGCCAUGGCCCGCGUCCAGAGGAUAUCCGAGAGGCUCGAAUCUACCUGGGAGAGGAUAAGCAACCUUACCGAGGGUAUCUAA